UGGCAGGUGGUAAGGCGUCUUCCAUAUACGAUUUUGUCAACCUGUUCGCCUCCGCGUUGUGAUACCAACCAUGUGCUUGGGCCGCGCACCUUCGCCGGCCUGCUCACUACCAUAGGCCUCGAUACCCCAUGGACGCCUGACUCCGAUGUGUGAUCAUGGCUGACAUAAAUAAAGCUGAGGCUUCCCUCCUCACUGCACCGAAUGGCACCAAGUGAACAACAUAUCGACACAGUGAGGUUUCUUGUCAACAUCCUGUCCCACCAAUUCAGAACUGUUCGAACAUCAUCAUGUCACAAUCAUUCUGGCACACCGUGCCCUCUCCAGAAGAUGCGGAACCCAUUCAGAACUUGAAACUCCCGCCGAAGCUUUGGCAUGUUCAGCAUGGCGAAUCUCAAUCGAUCAAUCUCAAGGACGGCGGUUUCCAGGCCCGAAACCCCCGCCUUGACAUCCGUACCCGCGAUGCACUAAGGACGGAGGCAGGCAGACAUUUCAUAUGGUACACGCGGAACUGGGAUUCCUGCUUUCUCUCGACCUUCGACAAUCAGAAUCAUGCAAAUAACUGGGCCAUGAUGGAGCACAAGCGCUAUAACACGCCCCUCCUUGUUAAGCCCGUCCUUAUCUACGAGUUGGACACCUCCAAGUUGCCACCCGGCACCACCAUCUUGCAGUCCACCGCGCUGUGUUUAUCCUUGGGUAUAGAUCACCCAUGGAAGGAGCACGAAUGGAUUUUCCAUCAGCAAAUUCCAGCUAGCUGUAUCAUUCGACAAUACUAUCCUUGGAAUGACUAUGAGCGCAUCUUCCAAUCCUCAUUACAUCUUACGGGCUUGGCUGAGGCUCUCGUGGGUGCCGAAUGGCUUCCCCCACGCAAUACCAACGGGCCCAUGCCGCCUAGCCCGGCAAGGACCGAGGAAAACCAGGACGACCUGGACGACCUAACCGGCAGGAUGAACGGGUUAGAGCUCGAGAACGAUGCCGGUACAUCGAAUGGCGACACACCUAGUGGUUCGGCAAACGAGGAGGACGUUGAUCCCAACCCGAUCGUUGAUACACCAAAGGACAGUGAUCCAGUAAGGCAAGAGGGUACCGACUCCAGACCGUCCGACGAUAUGCCGAAGACCAAUGACGCAGCAACAGAGGACAUCGAUCCUACACCGACCCUUGAUACAUCCAAUGUCGAAAAUGCGGUAGAGGAAAAUGUCACUGACACUCAACUGAGCGGCGGAACCGUCGUGGCUGAUGAUUCGGUACAAGGAGAAGAGGUCAUCAACCUCAUUUCGAGGGAUGACUUGUCCAAGGCUAAUGCUGGUGGUCCCUUCCAGCAGAAGAUCAUCUGGACGGUGGACAAGAAGAUUGUUGAGGCCAAAUCCAGUUUCUCGGUGGUGGUGCAGUUCGAAGUCCGGGCCGCAGAUGAGGUUUAGGGUUGAUAUUUCAUGUCAUUCACGUCAUCAUGGAUGUCCUU